AUGCACUUUGUGCUCGCCAGCUUGCUUGCUCUCGCCCUCUUCCAGGGCAGCCUUGCCGUUCCAGCCACCACUAGUAGUCCGGCGACGCUGCCCUCACUGGAAAAAACCGAGCAACCGAAUAUGUUCCUGCACAAACGCCAGGUUCUCAAUAACGCGCUCAGCGGCUACGGCGGCUACGGCGGCUAUGGCUUCCCCCGUGGCGUCGCUUCCGGAAGCUCGACCGGAUACAAUGCGCAAAACUACCGCAACACCGCCACCAGCUACUCGCCCUUCGGCGUGUCUAACAGCUUCAAUGCUGGGAGUAGCGCUGCUGGCUAUUCUAACAGUUAUAUUGGCUAUUACGCUAAAGACGCCGACGCCAAAAAACCUACCAAUGUCAUGUCUUUUCUCUUCGCCAAAAUCCUUCUCAUUCGCAAUGCUACCCCUAUUGACUGA